CCUGCAUCCUGAAGAGCAUCCAGCAGAGGACUGGAAGCGUCUGGAAGGGAUGAGCUCCCACAUGGCUGUCGCCAACAAGGAGCAACCCGCUGUCGUGAGACGGACCAAGAUAAGGUUCUGGGAGGAUGGCCCCUCAACGCACUAUGCUUUGAGAAUGCCAAAUGUCACCACCAAAGAGCGAGUAGCUGUCUGGGAUGCGGUGGCCAUCUACGUGCAACAGCAUCUCCUGCUGCGCAAGGGGGUCCGAAUUCCAUCCCUCGGCUCCUUCGACAUCGUCUGCAAAUGGUUCAAGGCUAAGGGUGAGACUGUGAUUGUGCAGUGGCCUGAGUUUCGCCUGGCCAGGAACCUUGUGGAAAAACACAACCUUGUGUACGAUAAAGAAUACCUGCCAGGCCAUAGGGAGGUGGAGCCCCUCAAAUGCGCUGAGGUGGCCGCAGCCGCAUCGGUGUCCUGGCAGACAGGGGAGGCCUGCAUAUACGGCACCACGUCCCUCGUCUCCCACUGCCUGACGAAGGGGGAGAACAUUGCCUUUGUCCUGAAGGACAUAGGAGUUCUCCUCAUUGAUGGAACACGAGUUCAAAUGAAAUACUACCGCGACUUCCUGGAGAGGAUCUGUGGGAAGGAGGACCUAAAAAUAGCUCUUUCCAAGGUCCCCUGCUUGAGGGACAUGGUGGUUUCCCGGGUGGCGGUGUUGGCCUCCCUGACGUUCUCCGGACGGGUCAUCGUCUUUCCCAAGUUUCAACAGGAGUUCGUACCAAAACCACCUCCCAGGAAACCCCACGAGGCCUCAGAAGUCCCUCCGGACCAGGGCAAGAAAGGGACAUUCCCUGAAUUGCCUCCCUUGCCCGGCUGCGUCCGUGUUACUUUUCUACAAGACCCGGGAUCCAGGAAGAAAUCAGGUGUCACCACCAAGAAGUCCAGUCAGCUGCCAGCAACCCCAGAGGGGUCUUCUACCAGAACGCAGCCCGGGAAAAAGAAAGAGGGAAAAUCCACUGCGAAAAGCAAAGCAAAGAAGAUGGGUCCUGCAAAGGCAGUGGAACCAAAGAGUUACACAGAAGAACACAGAGCAGUGAAAGUCCCCACUCAAGGAGGAGUGCCAGAAAAGGCACAAGCAAACCUCCAGAGCCAUAGUGGAGCCCCAUCCCCGGUGCAAACACCAAUAGCAUCUCUAUGGUGUCGGAGCUCUGAGACCAGCCUUCUCCAGGAGCCCAACGACAAUAAGUCUGGACAGCAUCCACCGGGAUCCACGUCACAAAAACUGCUCAAGUUAAGGGGUGAGAUGUCCAGGCCAGUGCUGGAAAAGCCUCACAAGACAGCUUGGCUGACAUCUCACUCUGAGUCCAGCCUGCCUGAGGAGCACACCAGCAAAACCUCUGGUUUUGUGCCGCUGAUGCACAGGAGAACCAAGUCAUUGCCAUGUCAGCCAGCACAGAACGGAGAAGGGCUCCUCUGGCGUGGGAUGUCCUCUCCACACUGAUCAGGGCACGGGGAGCCCAGCAGAGCCAGAGCUCCACCUUAGGCUGCAGAACAGAGCUGCCUGGCCUGCUGGAAGUCCUAGUGGAGUAUUUCCAGCACUGCCUGAUGGAGAUCUUUGGAAUCCUGAAGGAAUAUGAGGUGGGAGACCCAGGGCAAAGAGCACUCUGUGGGUUGGAGAGCAGCAGCCGGCACUGGCAGAUUGGUGGCAGAGAUACCACUGAGCACAUCCAGACCCACUUUGAGAGCAAGAGGGAGUGCUCCACGGCUGACAGCAAACGAAAUGCUAGGGAAGGGGAGGCUCCUCCAUCUGACAGCUCCUCAAGCAUUCUGGAGGACGAACCUUGCGGCACAGACGAGACACCCCUCUGCCUCAUCCGCGAC